GGUGGUGGUCAUUGGUGGUGGUGGUGAUGGUGAAGGUGAGAGGGGCGCAUGCGGCCGAGAUUGUAGGUGGAGCGUGGCGCGAGUUGGCUCAGCACGUGGCCAGUGGGGCUGGAGACAGGUUGCGGUACGGAGAGUCAGCCAAGGGCGAGACGGACAGACGCCUUCUUGCUCACUGGAUGCUCGGCGCCGCGCGAAUCAGCCACAGUCCGCGCUCGUGUUCACAAAUCCAUGUAUUGCUGACGAGGCAGGAGACGUGGGUAGUAGUGAACAUUAGAGUGACGUGCUGCAGGGGUCUGUUUAUAUCCGGGCACGUGCACGACCCGGUACAUUUCUCGUUUAGGGGUGGCGUGGUUCAGAUGUGAGAGAUCGUGAGCGGUGGAGCUAAGGUAAUCUUGGAAACGUUUAUUCAAGUGUUCGUUUCUUUACCUAAUAAGCAGCGAUAUUGCAGCUCUCUUUUUAGUUAUGACAUGUCAUGAACCGUGCGUGAAUGCUUUCAUUAUUUUGUUCUGACGGUGACUGAAGAUGUCUCGCCUUUAUAAUGUAUCGCACUUGAUCAAUUCUAAAUCAGAUAAAUACUGCAGUUAGCGGGAUAGUUAAACACAUUGUUUAGCUAUUGUUACAUCAUUAAACACUUAUCGUGAGAGAGAAACUAUACCAUAACAAACUUGAGGGAAGAGAGGUGGUGAACGAGAACUGGGAAACGUUCAUCUGUGUCUGUUGAGGAGGCGAAGAGAGUAGGGGAGGAGUGACUGAUCUAUCUGGUAGAUGGCAGGGAGAUGAAGGCCCUGUGCCGCCCCCAUGCUGCCCCUGAUGCUCUCCGCGGCCCUGGUGCUGCUCCAGGGCCGCGCCGCCACCCAGCACGUGACUCUCAGUGCACCCGAAGCCGCCCAUCAUGCCCACCUCGCAUCCCUGUCUCCGCCCACCAGUGAGAGUGUUUUCGUGGAGGAUGUGAGUGUGGCAUGCGGCGGCGGGGACCACAGGGGAGCCUCGUCUUUCCCUCAUGCUGGUUUCCACUCGUCUUACCGUGCGGCGAGGGAUGGGACAGCCGCUGCUACUGUGCAUGGAGUGGCGUCAGCUGGGCGUCAGGUUGGGUGGAGCAAACCCAGUGAGAGACUGAAGAACAUCUUUGAAGCAGCACAGGAAGCAAGGCAUGAGUCCAGCACACAGCUGCACAUGCAGGGAAGGAAGGUGAGUCCAUCCAGGGCACGGCAGUCACGCGGGACUUCCAACGUAAGUCAACAUGAGUCCCUUGACUGCCGAAACCACCGCUUACUCCCAGGGGCCAGGGUGAGGCGCGCCACUAUCUCUCAGAGGACACACAAAGCACAUGGACACCAUAACCACCACCACCACACCCACAGCCACCAGGAUCAGCGGGAGAGGCAAGGCAGUGGACGCCGCCUGAGGAAGCGUCACCAGAGUCGCCAGCAGCAGCAGCAGCAGCGUCCUUCUCGCCUGCAGUUCUCCCAACCGGAGUAUCGCGUGACGCUGAGGGAGGACGUGCCCAUCCACACCUCUCUCCUGACGGUGGUGGCGGAGGGCGCUGAAGGGGCGGUGAGUUACCAACUGAGUGAUGCCGUCAACUUCGGCAUCAACAGUGCUGGCGUCAUCUACCCCAUCCGCCGCUUGGACCACGAGGGCUCUGGCGGCCGGUACUUGCUGCAGGUCACGGCUGAAGAGAAGGACCAGGGUGACGUAAGCGGGUGGACAAGACCAGCCGCUGCCCAGGUGACGCUGCAGGUGACAGACGCCCCGGAGCCACCUCGCUUCGACGCCCACCAUUAUAAGUUUACCGUCUCCGAGUUUGCACGCCAAGGCAGCUACGUGGGCACAGUGAGGGCGAGUGAUGACGACGGGGACUUCGACCACUACUUCCUGCAUGGGACGGAGAUGUCAGAGGCGUUCGCCAUGGACGCCAGCAGGGGGGUCAUCACGCUGGAGGAGGCCCCAGACGGAUCUCGCUGGCAGUACCACCUCCAGGCAGGGGCAGCAGACCGCCGGGGACACGUCACCCUCGUCCCCGUCAGUGUCUUCCUUCUGACGAGACUUGUAUCCGGAGUGCAAGGUGACAACGACCGCCGCCCCGCCUUCCCCGACUGCGAGUCUUACGAAGAUACUCAUGUGAUGGAGAACGUGACGGCCGGCAGCCCUGUCCUGACGGUGAUUGCCACAGAUGAGGACAGCGGCCCCAGCGGCGUCAUCUCCUACUCCCUCAUCCACAGCUUCAGUAGUUUUGCUAUCCAGGCUUCGGACCAGCGCGGCCACAUCACUACCACAAGGCGGCUGGACCGUGACGAUGGGGACGAGGAGUUCAUGCUGACGGUGGUGGCGAAGGACGGCGGCGCUCCUCCCCUCCAAGCCUCUUGCUCUUUCAGGGUGAUUGUGGACGACCUCAACGACAACGCGCCCGUGUUUGACCAGCCGCGGUACGAACAGACGCUGGCCACUGACCACAACCUGGCCCUGCCUGUGUUGAGAGUGGCGGCCUCCGACAAGGAUAUUGGUAAGAACGCACACCUGACCUACCACCUCGAGGGUCACCCUAACCAUCUGGAGUUCUUCUACCUGGAGCCUAUCACGGGGGUCCUCACCUUGAAGCGACACCUGCACGACGCCAUGGCCAACACUAAAACCUUCGACGUACGGGUGAGGGCCGUGGACGGGGGCACUCCUCCCUUGUGGUCCACGGCGCCCAUCACCGUGCGGAUAGUGUCCUCGGGGGAACUGCCGCCCUCAGUGGCCGCCCAACAGCCCCUGCAGCCAGCCAUCCUGGAGAACACCACGGAGAACACAGAUGUGGUGGUGGUGUGUGCCAAGUCCAACCUCCCAAAUGCCCCUACCGUUUAUUUCACUCUCCUGAACGGGGACACUCCAGAGACCAACUCUGACGGGACCUUCGCUCUCAGGGAAGUGCUGGACCACGAGGAGAGUCUGUGCGGGGACAACUCCGGCGUGAGUGUGUACGUGGCCACCAGAACCCUUGAUUUCGAGACCCUACAGGCGUACAAACUCACCUUGCUGAUGGUGAACGAAAGGAACGGCCGUCUGGAACAUCAGGUCGUGGUGAACAUUGUGGACGUGAACGACAACGCACCGCUGCUUCAAACGUGGGACGGAUCAGUGUUGGAGAACGCGGCCAGCACGCUCAUUACCACCAUCAGGGCUGUGGACAAGGACGCCUCCCCGCAGUACAGACAGCUGCGUUAUUCCUUUGACGCCACGGCGCCACACGACGUGGUGAGCAAGUUCGCGCUCAAAUCCAACGGAGAGCUGUGGAGCACGCGACCCCUGGACCGGGAAGAGCAGAGCCAGUACCGCGUGCCCAUCAGGGUGACGGAUGGCAUGCCAGGACACGCACGGGUCACAAUCUAUUGGAUCACUGUGCAAGACGUCAACGAUGUGCCGCCCGUGUUCGACCGUUCGCUGGGCGUGUAUGAAGUGCAGCUGCCGGAGAGUAGGGAGGUCGGUAAGCCCACGGGGAUACGCCUCGCUGUGGAUGAUGCUGACCUUGUCAACCAGUUCACCUUCGACAUCAUUAACGGGAAUGAGAAAGGGAAGUUCCGCAUAGACGCCACCUCCAGGACGCUCAUUGUGGACGCGCCUUUAGACUACGACGACCCUGUCAAUGACCGGAAUUUCACGUUGCGGGUACGCGUGAGUGACGGCGCCAAUGCAGCAGCGGUGACGGACGUGGUGGUGGCAGUGGUGAACGUGAACGACCUGCAACCAGUGUUCCAGCGAGCCAACUAUUCCUUCGUGGUGACAGAGAACACCGACUGUUCCGUGCCCCUCGGCCAGGUGAGCGCUCGAGACCCCGACCUCCCGUCCUCCGUGAACCAGGACAUCAUAUACUACCUCUCUCCGGACGAGCAGACCAACUUCACCAUAGACACCCGCUCUGGCCACCUGUCCGUCAAGGGCUGUCUGGACCGAGAGGCAGCGGCAGAAGGUAUCGUGAUCCUGUACCCGCGGGCCACGGACGAGGGCGGGGAGGGCCACGACGCGGAGCCCGCCACCGUGCAGGUCAAAAUUCUUGACCUCAACGACAACUACCCGCACCUGGUCCGUCCGCCUCAGAGUUACGCCAAGGUGAUGGAGAAUCUGGAGCCCCAUUUGGUGGAGCCCGUGGUGCUGGAACUCGGGGACCUGGAUGCAGCGGAGCACGGGUGUCCCUGUUCCCUGGAAUUCCACGCCGCCACCCCAGACGCCAUCAGGGACAAGUUUACCCUCACGCCCCUCGGCAGGUCCCGCUACCGCCUGAGUCCCGCCGCCGUGCUGGACCGGGAGCAGCAGAAGGUGUACCAACUGUCCUUCACGGCGCGGGACCGGCAAGGUGUGGGCGGCACGCGGAGCCUCACGCUGGAGGUGGGCGACGAGAACGACUCCCCGAUGACUGACGGCACGACCACCAUCCGCGUGUACGAUUACCAGGGUCAGUUCCCGGCGCUGGUGGUUGGGUCUGUGCACGUCACGGACCGCGAUGAUCACGACCGCGAGGACAAGACGUUCCAGGUGGAGCCGAGCAGCGGCCUGGAGGCGGCGGCGCACUUCACGGUGGACCUGUACACGGGGGACAUCACCAUGCUGAGGGGCACGCCGGCGGGCACGCAUACGCUGACGGUCACGGUGCACGACAGCUUCCGCGGGGAGGAGGCCGUGGGGGAGACGACCGUCAGCGUGGUGGAGCUGACGCAAGAAGCCCUCACCAAGUCUGGCUCCCUCAGGCUUGCCAACACUACCGCCAGGGACAUGCUGCAGGAGGCGACGCCGGGCGACGUAGGGAGCAGUCUUUACGAGCGUCUCAGGCAACAAAUCGCCAGCACACACCGGAUCUCCGAGGAUGAGGUGGACGUGUUCUUGCUGCGGGACGCGCCGGGGGAUCUUGGUGUGGAUGUGCGCUACAGCUGCCGGAGAUCACCCUUCUGCAGCGCCGCCCGUCUCAACGCUCUCAUGCUUGGGAGGAGACAGCAGGUGUCCGCGGCUCUUGGCGUGGACAUAUCAGUCGUGGACAUCAACGCGUGUCUCUACGAAGCCACUUCCCCCUGCGGCGGCCACAGCUGCCAACACAGUCUGCGACCCAAUCUCACCACGCCACUCGUGGUCUCUGGCGUUUCUGCUUCUCUUGUCGGCUUGGACGUCGUCGAUGACUACGCCUGCAGCUGCGGGCCACUGGAGCCACCCCCGUCUGUGUGCUAUACAGGCUUCUGCUUCAAUGACGGCGUUUGCCUCGUCAGGAAUAACACCCUCACCUGCCAGUGUCUUGACUCCGUCAACUUCGGCCCGCGAUGUGAGCUCCUGACAGCCAGGUUCGAGAGUAGUUUUGCAUGGUACGAGCCGCUGACGGUGUGUGAGCGCUCCUCCCUCUCAUUCGCCUUUGAAAGCCACGACAAGAGUGGCGUUCUAUUGUAUACGGGGCCAACGGUUCCCUCCCCUUGGCCGGACUACCCAAGGGAUUUCUUAUACGUCAUCCUGCGGAACUGGGUGGUGGAGACCUUCCUGGAUCUCGGGACAGGGACCAUGAACAUCUCAAUUCCUAUCGAGGCAAACAUCUUCAGGACCUUUCAUUACGUCCUCAUCUGGGGGAAUGAGGGCGUGACGGCUGAGGUGGUCAACUGUGGCAUCAACGCCACCAGACAUACGAGCCGUGAGCCUUGCAGGAAAAGUAUGCCCCUGGCGACGUUAACCAGCAGCAACGGCGAGCCCAGCCACCUGCUCAACGCCCAGGGACCCCUUCAGGUGGGCGGCGUCGCGUCUACAGUCAGCUUCCUUCAGUUAGCUGAUUCUUACGGCUGGAACCUCACCCCGCCCAGCGCCUCCCCCUUCAGCGGCUGCGUGAUGGAGCUACGCCACAACGACCACCUCUACGACCUCAAUGCCACUGACUUCAGCAAGAGUGCCAUCCAGCCCUGCGACGCCCCCAGGACCUCCCGGGUAGUGCUGGGCAGACACUCCAUCAUCAUCAUCCUCGCCAGCCUCCUCAGCCUCCUGCUGCUGGUGGUGGUGAUUCUCUGUCUGGCGCGAAGAGGUAGGAAGUCCCUCUCAUAUCCUGACCUGGAUCGCGAGUUGGUCAAGGAGACGAUGGGCGGCACCGACCUGGAGGGUUUCGGAGAGAAGGACGUCACCCACUUCGACCUUAAGUUCCUGCAGGUGACCCCGGACGGCUACCUGGUGGGGGACGAGAACGAGAGGGCGCUGCCGGACGUGGCCCAGGACGCCUGCCUCAGGGACACCACCGCCCCGCCCGCCCACCUGCCCGACGGACUCACCAUCGGGGAGUACAUCAAGGAGAACAUUGUGAAGGUGAAUCAGCAGCACCAGGAAUUAGAGGACGUGAGGCACUACUGCGUUGAAGGGGACGAGAUGUCAGCCGCCUCGCUUUCCUCCCUGACCUCUGGAUCCUCACGAAGCGACAUGAUCAUCAACUGUCGGACGGAGUGGAGUCAGAAGUUCGAAAAGCUGGUGCAGAUCUACCGCACAGAGACGGAGAGGGACGAGGACAGCGAGGACGAAUCUCACAGCAUCCCGAGCCAGCCGUCCAGAGGCCCAGCGUUCCCGCCUCGUGGCUCCAGCGAAACGAGCAAGAAUGAAACUCGCCCCUCUCCUCCUCCUCCUGCUCCCUCCUCCCCGACCUCCUCUGUGGCCGCGGACAGCAGGGUUUCAUACAGCAAUAAGUCUCAUCCGGAGGCCCCUCACUUGCCCGUCCUCGCCACCAAGACUACUGCUAAUGAGCCUUUAACCUCUGCCCCCACAAGUACGUGUAAUUGUAGUAGUGUUCAGGCGUCCUCGCAUCCCUCCUCAGAAACUUCCAACGCGUCCUUGCGCUCCUAUUCACCUAAACUGAACCAGCAGAAGAUCAAUCCUCCGUCAGUGUGCAGCACUCAAGUGAAGCAAACACCUCCCACUUCCCUCCUUCACAAACAGAAUCCGAACGCGCAGACUACCGCAGCAAGUACGCUCAAGGGAAACGCGGGAGUCACCACCAUCAACAAUCUGUAUACCAAUCCUGCUCAGCGCUCCUCCAUCAAACCACCGCACGCCCCUCCUGACAGGCCCGGGGAGGCUGCAAAGCAACCCGUCGUAAAUGGACACUUGAAAAGUAACUCCAGCCCGCGUCAGUGCUCAGCGAAACCCAUGCCACAGCUAAGUUCCUCGAGCAUCAAUGGGUGUGAUAACCAGAAGGUGAAAGCGGUGAAGGGUGUGGAAACUUGGUGCUGAUGAGAUGCGAGGUUAGAGAAGAAAUUAGUGGAGUUACGUGAGCCUUGUCAAUCCUACCUUUUGCUCAACUGAAGCUUGGUAUAAACAUUGUUUUCUGCCAGUGGGCGAUGAGUGGCUGUAUCAGCGAUAGUGCGAGUAAGCUCAGAGCCUGUUGGGACCGCCAGCAGUCCUAUACAUAUACUAUUCUUUUUUUCCACAAUUAAAAUACGUACUACGUCGCUCA